AUGAAAGAAUUCGCCAAAAGUAUAUCAACCGUUAUGGAUUUUCAGACUAUUAAGCUAAUGAAUAAGAAACCUAUUGAAGACAAAAAGGUAUAUAAAUCUGAAGUUAAAAUCACGCUAAAAAAGAAGAAAGUCUAUAAUAACAAUACCUCGCCUUCAUAUCCAGACUCACCUUAUUCUGAAUCAUCUGAUGAAUAUUUAAUUUGA